GCGCCCGCAGCCGUUUUGACCCCGGGCGGGCGACGUGCGCCCCGCGCCGCGGAGCCGCGGAGCCGCGCCCGAUCCCCGCAGAGUGCGCCGAAAGCCCCUGGCGGCACAUGCUAUGGGCCGCGAGUCGCGGGGCGGACGCUUUGACGCCGUGUCCUCGGGCAGCGAUGGCGACGAAAGCGGCGAGGAGCGCGUCGAGCACGAGUGCGCGAGGGAGGACGGGCGCAUCUCCAGGCGCGAGCUCGUCUGCCACAGGGCUGGGGCGCGCCUCGUGGGCAGGGCGCUGCCGGCCGCCCGCCGCCUGGGCGCGGCCGGCGGCCUGGCCGCGUGCGGCGCCGCCGCCCUCUGCGCGCGGUGCGUGCCCAGGCAGGCGCUGCUGCGCGCGGUCUGGGGCGCGGCGUCCGACUCCGUCAUCUACGCAGGAGAUCAGAGGGAGGAAGAGAUUUGGCGCUUCCGCAGUUGGCGACUCGCUGGACCCCGCCGCGUGGGACUACCACAGGGGCCACAACUGCUACCUCUCCCACGGGGGGGCGCCCAUCCGCCCCGGCGAGGUGCUCAACGACCUCUCCAUCGGGGAGUGCACUGGCAAGUGCCAGGCGGACCCCCAGUGCGAAGCGGUGGUGACGCAGCACAACAAAGACAAGGGCCAGUGCUCCCUGAUUUCCAGCGUCCACCUCGGCGAGUGCGCCCGGAGGAGCGGCUACGACCUGUGGCUGCGCACGGACUUCUCGACCACCACCAGCACCCUCACCAUCACGCGCACCGUCACCUCCGCUCGGGCCGCGGACCCGACUACCACGACGAGCACCACGAGCAGACCGACGACCUCGACCACCACCACGACCUACGCCAGGCCUGGGCCGGUGGCCUGGCGGGCCCACACGGGCUACAACUGCUUCGUCGGCCACGGAGGGCUGCCCGUCGAGGACCGGCCAGUGCCCCUCCCCGACGAGCGCAGCCUCGGAGACUGCCAGAAGGAGAGUGCGAGUCCGUCGCCUCGUGCACGGGCGUGACCAUGAAGCAGGACGUGGCGACGGGGCUCUGCUGGCUGCAGGCCCACGUCGAGCCCUCCUCCUGCAUCACGGGGACGGACUUCAGCACGUGGCUCGUAGCGCCGCCGUCGACGUCCAGGAAGCCGCCCUCGAGACCCGCGGGGCAGGGGAACGACAGCCAGGGUCGGCCUUCGGAGAACCGGAGCGCGGCGCUCGCGAACACCUCCGCCGAGGACGCACGAGAGCCGGGGGGGGAGUGGUCCGUGCGCACGGGCCUGAACUGCUUCAGUGGCAACGGCGCGCACCACCUCGGCCCCCCCGAGCCCGGCACAAACGAGCCAGCGCCGCUGGUGCUGGGGCUGGACGACUGCAAGGCGGAGUGCGAGCGGCAGGCGGAGUGCGACGGCUUCGUCCUGCACCCGUCCGCGCACCUGUGCUGGCCCUGUUCGGACGUCGUGCCCGACGAGUGCAUGACAAGCACGGUGUACGAGCUGUGGGUCAGGCCGGCGCGGGCGAGCGCGCGCGGAGACGACGGCGGCAACGAGAGCCAGCCAGAGGCGAGCGUCCACACGCCCGAGCCCACGGCUCGCUCCGCGAACGAGUCGAGCCAAGAGCCGAGCCCGCACGGCGCAUCGGCAGAAACACUCUACACCGUGCAGUCCGCGGACGAGCCCCCAAGGACAUGGUCCAGCCUCGAGGGCGUGAACUGCUUCAUCGGCACUGGCAGCGGCGAGUUCCCGGACGGCAGCGACGGCUCCGUGCCCGGCAGCUGCUCGCUGGCGGAGUGCCAGGCCGCCUGCGAGGCCCAGGUCGGGUGCCAGGCCGUCACCGUCAGGAGAGGACAGCAGGGUGACGAGUCUGGCCCCUGCUUCCUGCGCGCGCAGCUGCGCCUGGAGAGUUGCCUUCCCGACUCCCCUUACGACCUCUGGCGGCUUGACUCGGACCCGGCCCGAGCCCACGAGGGCGGGCCACCGAACAGCUCCACGGAGGGCAGCGGGGGAGCCGCACCGAAGACGGGCGCCCCGCCCCCGGCGAAGCCGCCGCCUCAAGAGGGCGGCUGUCCGGCCUGCGCCCCGAGCUCGGUCUCGCCACCAGCGGUGGUGUUGCCCUUCUACGAGCGGGACCUGUGCAAGGCGCAGUACACCGCCCGCUCGAUCGCGCUGCACGACACAGGCAGCGCCCUCGGCGACGUCCUGCUCCUAUGGAUCUCCACGCAGCCGAGCGACGCCUACGCCGAGGGAAUUCAGGCGAUCCGCGACUCUCUCGCGGGAUCGAGGAAAGUGGAGCUUCUGGACUUGUCGCCCCAGGUCAACGGCAACCACAAGGACGGGUGGUACGCGCAGCAGGUGCUGAAGCUCAAGGCUGCCAGCCGCGUGAAUAGCGAGUACUUCGUGGUGCUCGACUCGAAGAAUACAUUAUUGCAAGACGUUAAUGCUCAGACAUUCCUGACCGAGUGUCGCCAGGCCCGCUUGUUCGGGACAUAUCCGUGGGGCCAACUGCCCAAGCUGCAUCAGGAGAGUGGUUCCACCGCGCGGCGGAGGUGCUGGAGGUCCGCGAGCCGGACGGCGGGGAGUGGCCCGCCUCGAUCACGCCCAUGGUGAUGCACAGGCAGACGGUCCUGGACAUGCUGGAGGAGAGAUCGGCGAGGAUCCUAACCCGAAUGUCCUCUGUGCCGGGCCACUGUGCGACAUGCUGGACAAAGGCGCUACUGAGUUCACCCUGUACCUGAUGUACGCCCAGUCCAAGAAGGCGUUCAGCUGCACGCACGCAGUCUUCCAUGCCAGCGACUGGGCUCACGAGCCCGCGGUGUCCAUGUGGCGCGGUCUCGAGUCCAACGUCGAGGAGGCCAAAAACGUGGCCACUGGGCAGCGGGUCCCGCUGAUGUUCGGUGCCCAGCACGGCGCGCUGGACAGCAUCGGAGACGAUCAGCGAGCCGAGGUGGCUGGCUACCUGGAGAAGAUAUAUGCGGACGCAGGCUUGGAUGGUACCACCAAGGAGGGUGAGGAGGACAUCCUCAGUUGCGUCGUGGGGAGCGACUGACUCGACGUUGGCCUCGCACAUUAUGGUGCGCAUCGCAACACAAGAGAUCGGGACAAGGUGGUCGAGAAAUGUUGAGAGCGUGUGCAAUAUUGCGAGCUUGCGUAGGAACUGCCAGGCCUAAUUGUCAUUGUCAGCACGCUGGGUAGCGGUGUGGACUCCUCGCUCGAGUUGCACGAUCGGCAUAAUUUGGCGCGUUCCAGAAGGGGCUUCGCCUUCGAGGGAUCGAGGAGACUUCCCAGGAGUUGCCUCCGAACCUUCUCUCCCUAGUGUAGCCCCAUAAACGGGCCCAGGUCCUGCUGCAUUAAUGACAGGAGCUUUGUCAGACCGAUCAGUUGCGACUCUAGGACUGGAGGAAAAAUAGACAGACGGGGCGGGCAGCACGACCUCCACAGGACGGC